CCAAUAUAAAAUAUUAGUAGCAUAUCUGUCCCAUAUAUCCCACAUGUAAAUUCACUCAAACCACCGCACACCCUUGGGACUACUAGACUCAUCUCUCUCAUUUUCAAUCCCAAUCCACUAAAUCUCUCUCUUACACCAUGCAAGCUCUCCAAUCUUCACCUCUCCGAGUCUCCCCACUCGACCCACUUCGCAAACCCACCUCCGGCGCCGCCACCGUCACUAAUGUCCGCCCACCUCACAAGAAAACCUUCAUCUCCGCCGCAGCAACCACCACUUCCGCCCCCAAAAGAGAGACAGAUCCGAGCAAGAGAGUGGUGAUCACAGGAAUGGGAUUGGUGUCUGUGUUUGGGAAUGAUGUGGAUACUUAUUAUGACAAGCUGCUUGCUGGUGAAUCUGGGAUUGGUUUGAUUGAUAGAUUUGAUGCUUCCAAGUUUCCCACGAGAUUUGGUGGUCAGAUUCGUGGGUUUUCAUCAGAAGGGUAUAUUGAUGGGAAGAAUGAUAGGAGGCUUGAUGAUUGUCUGCGUUAUUGCAUUGUUGCUGGUAAAAAGGCUCUUGAGAAUGCAGAUCUUGGGGGUGAUAAGCGCUUCAAGGUCGAUAAAGAGCGUGCUGGUGUACUGGUUGGAACUGGGAUGGGCGGUCUUACAGUAUUUUCUGACGGUGUUCAGGCUUUAAUAGAGAGAGGUCAUCGGAAAAUUACUCCGUUUUUCAUCCCGUAUGCCAUUACAAACAUGGGUUCUGCGUUGCUUGCAAUUGAUCUCGGCUUCAUGGGACCAAAUUAUUCAAUUUCUACUGCUUGUGCUACAUCUAAUUAUUGUUUCUAUGCUGCUGCAAAUCACAUCCGGCGAGGUGAGGCUGAUUUGAUGAUUGCUGGCGGAACUGAAGCUGCUAUUAUACCUAUUGGGCUGGGAGGAUUUGUUGCAUGUAGAGCAUUGUCGCAGAGAAACGAUGAUCCAAAGACUGCUUCUAGGCCAUGGGACAAAGAUAGAGAUGGCUUUGUCAUGGGUGAAGGAGCUGGUGUUUUGGUAAUGGAGAGUUUGGAACAUGCUAUGAAACGAGGUGCACCAAUAAUUGCCGAGUAUCUAGGAGGUGCAAUCAAUUGUGAUGCUUAUCAUAUGACCGAUCCAAGAUCUGACGGACUUGGUGUUUCUUCAUGCAUUCAAAGCAGUCUUAUAGAUGCUGGAGUGUCACCAGAGGAGGUCAACUACAUAAAUGCACAUGCAACUUCCACUUUAGUUGGUGACCUUGCUGAGGUUAAUGCUGUCAAGAAAGUAUUCAAGAAUACUUCAGGAAUUAAGAUGAAUGCAACCAAGUCUAUGAUAGGCCACUGUUUAGGUGCUGCCGGGGGUUUGGAGGCUAUCGCUGUAAUUAAAGCCAUUACUACAGGGUGGUUGCAUCCUACGAUUAAUCAAUUUAACUCCGAGCCUUCAGUGGAGUUUGACACCGUGGCUAAUCAGAAACAACAACAUGAAGUAAAUGUUGGCAUCUCAAAUUCGUUCGGAUUUGGUGGACACAACUCUGUUGUGGCAUUCUCUGCAUUCAAAUCGUGAAUUGGCACAUCCUUCAUUGUAUGUAGUAUGUGUAACCAUAUCAAUCUGUUCUUUACCUUAGUUUUGUCAAUUUCUUGCAGAGGCAGACAUAGUUAUCUUUUUUUUUUUUUUUCUGGGAGUCAGACUCUUGAUGUUCUCACCAUUCUUAGAACAACGAGGCUGAAUAGGCAUUAAAAAGUAAUCCUUUUUGAAUUAUAAAAUGAUUUUUGGCAUGUGUGAA